AUGGCUGAGUGGAUAAAGGCUCAGGCCAGGCCAGGUCAGGCCGAACACAGGCCAGACUGCAGGCCCCUGGCAGGCCGCCUGUCCUAUUUCCACCCCUCGAUCCUCAAGGUCCGGCUUCCGAGGAAUUUCGACAAGCCGACGGACAUGAGGUACGACGGGACUAAGGACCCCCAGGAACACCUCACGGCAUUUGAAGCAAGAAUGAAUCUGGAAGGGGUAAGCGACGCGUUUAGGUGCCGAGCAUUCCCUGUGACGCUGGCUGGCCUAGCGAUCCGAUGGUUUAAUGCACUCCCACAAGGAUCCAUCACGACCUUCACGAACAUCUCCCAAAGCUUCCUAGCUCGGUUCACGACACGCAUAGCCAAGGCAAAACACCCGAUCAACUUGCUAGGAGUUACCCAAAAACCUGGAGAGCCGACCAGAAAGUUCCUGGACAGAUUUAAUGAUGAAUGUUUAGAAAUUGAUGGCCUCACCGACUCGGUUGCCAGUCUUUACUUGACGAACGGCUUGCUAAACGAGGACUUUAGAAAACACCUUACUACCAAUCCCGUCUGGACCAUGCAGGAAAUUCAAAGCAUGGCUAAAGAAUACAUCAACGAUGAGGAGGUAAGCCAGGUCGUGGCAGCCAACAAACGGCAGCCCUCAAACCCCUUAGCACGGCAGGCCCCUCAGGUCGACAGGUACAAGGAAGCUCCCAGGGACAGAACCUCGGCAAAAUAA